UCCUUUGCCUUAACAAAAUCUCACUUUCAUUUCAUAUACUCUCCUUUCUCCUUAUUUUCUACCCAAAAUCCAUAACAAUGCCUUUAGGCAGGUCUCGUACAAGUAAGCGUACCUCAUCAUCUUCAUCUUCUUCCUCCUACACAUCAACCAUUACUACUAUAGCAUUUAUAGCAGUUUGUGUUAUAGGCGUAUGGAUGGUCACCUCAAACGCCGUAGUUCCAACACCACAAACCCCCACCCGCACCGGCAAAGUCACCCCGGUGUCAGCCAUUGUGGUUGUGGAGGAUAAUGACGUUUCUUCUUCUCGUGAGAAUCAAAAUAAUGAAAGCAGUAGUAAUAAAAAAGAAGAUCAACCUGUUUAUGAAGAUAAUCCAGGGGAUCUUCCUGCUGAUGCUAUAAAAUCUGAUGAUGAUCCUAAAACCAGUAGUGAUCAGCCGAGCAGUAAUGGAAAACAAGAAUCUGGUGGUGAAGAGAAUUCACAGGAUUUGAAAGGGAAAAGGUCUAGUGAAGACCAAGAGAAGCAGAGAGAAAGAAAGACUAAGGUAUCUGAGGAGAGUACAUUAACUCAGAGACAACAAGUUGAUCAAAAUAGCCAAGAAAAUUCUGAAGCUGAGCAAGGAAGUAGCAAUGGAAAUCAAGAACAAAGCAAUAUAACAACUGAAACUGGUGAAAAAUCACAACAAGAACAAGAACAACAGCAAGAAAAUGUUGAGAAGAGCACUAAAACUUCACAGGAACCUCUGAAUCAAGAAUCACACAUCCAAGAAUCACAACAACAAGAAGAAUCACAAAAUACUAAAUCAUAUGAAGAGCAACAACAGCAACAACAAGAAGAAUCACAAAAUACAAAUCAUAUGAAGAGCAACAACAAUACUAAAUCAUAUGAAGAGCAACAACAACAGCAACUACAAGAAGAUGCAGGAAUCCAAAUUGUCACUUCUAGAGGAUCUCAAAAUGAUGCAUCGGAAGAAGAUCAACAACAACAACAACAACAACAACAACAACAAAAGCCAAAAGAAAAGCAACAAAAACAAUAUGGAGAUAAAAAAUCUGAAAAAGCCAUAGAGAAGACGAAAACUCAACAACACACAACAGUGGAAGAUAAGUCACCAACUGAGACGAACUCAGCUGAAGCUUCAAUUCUUGGGGGUGGGGCUUCUGCAGGAAUACCCAAAGAAUCCAAGGAGUCGAAGAAUUCUUGGUCUACUCAAGCAACUGAAUCAGAAAACCAGAAAGAGAGACGAAAAGAAGAAUUGGGUAAAGAUAAUAUAUAUGGAUAUAUAUGGCAGCUUUGUAAUGUAACAACAGGUGCUGAUUAUAUACCUUGUUUGGACAAUGACAAACAACUAAAGAAGUUAAGGAGUACAAGACAUUUUGAGCAUAGAGAGAGACAUUGUCCUGAAGAAGGACCUACUUGUUUGGUUCCAAUUCCUGAAGGAUAUAAAAAAUCUAUUCCAUGGCCUGCAAGCAGAGAUAAGAUAUGGUAUAAUAAUGUACCUCAUACUAAGUUGGCAGAGGUGAAAGGACAUCAAAAUUGGGUUAAGGUGACAGGUGAGUUCUUGACCUUCCCAGGUGGUGGCACUCAGUUCAUACAUGGAGCUCUCCACUACAUUGACUUUCUCCAACAGGCAGUGCCAAAUAUUGAAUGGGGAAAGCAUACUAGAGUGGUUUUAGAUGUUGGGUGUGGAGUUGCAAGCUUUGGUGGUUACCUAUUUGACAAGGAUGUUCUUACAAUGUCCUUUGCACCAAAAGAUGAACAUGAAGCUCAAGUUCAGUUUGCUCUUGAAAGAGGAAUUCCUGCUAUUUCUGCCGUUAUGGGUUCUCAACGCCUUCCAUUUCCAAGCAGAGUCUUUGAUCUUCUGCAUUGUGCACGUUGUCGAGUGCCUUGGCACGCAGAUGAUGGUAUGCUACUUCUGGAAUUGAAUCGUAUCCUGAGACCUGGAGGAUAUUUUGUUUGGUCUGCAACUCCAGUGUAUCAAAAGCUUCCAGAAGAUGUGGCGAUAUGGCAAGCAAUGUCUGCAUUGACUAGAUCAAUGUGUUGGGAGCGUAUAACAAUCAAAAAGGACAAACUCAAUUCAAUUGCUGCUGCCAUAUACCGGAAACCUACGACUAAUGAUUGCUAUAAUCAAAGGAAGAAAAACAAUCCUCCCAUGUGUAAGAGUGAUGAUGAUCCAAACGCUGCCUGGUAUGUACCUCUGCAAGCGUGCAUGCAUCAGGUACCGGUUGACAGCAGCGAAAGAGGGACUCGAUGGCCGGAAAAUUGGCCAAAGAGGGUACAUGCACCUCCUUACUGGUUAAAUAGUUCUCAAAUGGGAAUCUAUGGCAAACCAGCUCCUCAAGAUUUUGCCACAGAUUAUGAACAUUGGAAACAUGUAGUGCGCAAGUCAUACAUGAAGGGUUUAGGUAUAAGUUGGUCCAAUGUGAGAAAUAUAAUGGACAUGAGAGCUGUUUAUGGAGGGUUUGCAGCUGCUCUUAUGGACCUUAAGGUAUGGGUUCUAAAUGUGGUGAACAUAGAUUCUCCAGAUACACUUCCUAUAAUAUAUGAGAGAGGCCUUUUUGGUAUAUACCAUGACUGGUGUGAAUCCUUCAGUACUUACCCAAGAAGUUACGAUCUCCUACAUGCUGAUCAUCUCUUCUCCAAACUAAAGAAAAGAUGCAAACUUGCUUCGGUAAUGGCAGAAGUUGAUAGGAUAGUGAGACCUGGAGGUAAAUUGAUAGUUCGUGAUGAGUCGAGUGCAAUCGGGGAGGUCGAGAACUUGUUAAAGUCUCUCAAAUGGGAGGUUUAUCUAACCUACUCCAAAGACCAAGAAGGUCUGCUCAGUGCACAGAAAGGUGAAUGGCGGCCACAAAUAUAUGCAGCUUCUUCUUUAUAGUAUAGACAACAGUUUUGGCCACUAAUCUUCCAAAAAUGCUUGUAGACCUGUUCUGCUGACUUUCUUUGCCACUGUUCUUCCUUUGGGAUGCAAAACUUUUUGCUUAAAUGAAAAAAGGCAAGCAAAUGUAUUUAUUGUGUAAAACUAUGGUGAUAUAGUCAAUGAAUAGUGCUAAGAUUGGGAAUUGGCAUGCUCUACUUUCUGUCAUAGAAAUAAAGUUCCAAUGCAACAAAUUUAAUCAGAUGGUGACAGACUAUA